AUGAGGCCGCUGGUAGAGCUGCUGCAAAGCUUUGCGGUGGCGACACCCUCAGAUCGCCGAGACUUUCUCGAAGCAUUAGUGCGGGAGUGUCAUGUGCGUGAGCUGAGUGAUCUGGAAGCGAUGCUGCUACCGCGCCUGAAGGUCGAUUUUCUGCAGCGGCUUCCGAUGGACGUGGCGCUGCAUAUACUGACCUUUCUCGAUGACCCGCGAGCACUGGCGUGCACGGCGGCUGUAAGCCGCACAUGGCACCGUCUUUCGAUGAAUGAGUACCUGUGGAGCCUGAUGUGCGUGCGUCAAAAGUACCAUACGCCCGAUCGAUUGCGGUGGCUUACGCACAGUCUGCUCGGCGACGCCCCGUCGACGUCGCGAGCAGCGGCUAUGGACGUGGACGAGGGGCCAGCUCGUCGACGUCGGCGCCACUCGCUGUUUCUGCAAAGGGUCGCCGGCUCACCGGCGGACGGCGCCACGGUGUCGCUUCGAGACUACUUUCGACUGGCUUAUGCGGUGGACCGCAACUGGCGACGGGGCGGGCGGCUGCUGCGUUCGUACGAGACGAUCGAGCUGGCUGAUGCUGAUCCGGACCCGAAUCGGCGCCUGGCACUUACAUGCUGCGCGAUGGAUCACGAGUGGACAGCGGUGGGUAUGACCAGCAGUGCCAUUUUUGUGUUUUCCACGCGCACCGGCAAGCUUGUGCGUGUGUUGCGUGGCCAUGAGAGUGGCGUGUGGUGCUUGAUGCUCGCAACAGGUCCAUCGAGCGGGUACGAUGGGCCCUACGAGCCACCUGCCACGGCAGGAUUGGUGUGUGCGCAGGCCGACAAGCGGCCUGGCGCGUGUUUGGCGCUGCAGCCUUCGGGUGGCUUGGCUGUCUGUGAUGCCGUGCAUAUUGCGCAGGAGCAGUGUGAGCAGACGGACGUUGCCUGUGCCAGCACGCGCGGCUGGGAUGAGAGCGGCACGCGUCUGGUGAGUGCCGGCUCCGAUCGGAGUCUGCGGGUAUGGAACGUUCGGACGGGCGAGUGUGAGCGAGUGAUGCACGGCCACACAUCGACGAUCCGGUGUGUGCAUGUGGUGCCGCAUGUGCCGGUGGCCAUUACGGGCUCGCGGGACGGCACACUGCGGGUAUGGGACCUGGCCGCGGGGCGUGUGCAGCAUGUGCUAGCGGGGCACCAGCACUCGGUACGAUGCCUGGCGGUGCACGACAAGUAUGUCGCUAGUGGCAGCUACGACUUUACGUGCCGCGUGUGGGACUGGACGACCGGACGGUGCGUGCAUGUGCUGCAGGGCCACCAGCUGCAGAUCUAUGCGAUUGCCUUUGAUGGUGUGCACAUUGCGACAGGCAGCAGUGACUCGACGGUGCGUGUGUGGGACUCGGAGAGCGGUGCACCGUUGGCCGUCUUCCAUGGGUACACGCACAUUGUGGCGCAGCUCCAGCUGCUCGAUGGGAUCCUGGCAUCUGGCAGCAGUGAUGGGCGCGUGGUGGUGUAUUCGCUGCGCACGAUGGAGUGCCUGUACCGCAUCGUGGCGCACGAGAGCGGUGUGACGAGUCUGCAGAUGGAUGCACAGCAUCUUGUGACGGCGGGCUCGGAUGGGCUCGUCAAGCUGUGGGAUGCGCAGACCGGCAGCUACGUUCGCCAGAUGUGUGCGCCAUGCGAGACGGUCUGGAACGUGCGCUUCCUUGACGACGUGUGUGUCAUUCUCGGCAAGCGGCACGGCAAGUGCAUCGUCGACAUGGUGUCUCUACGACCCGCGGCGGAAUCUACAUAUACCUAG